AUGGCUAAGAAUCCGACUCGUUCUAACAAAGUGAAUUCGAUCGAAAUUGACAAUAUGUCAGCAAAACAAGAACAAAUUCCAAUUACUACAGAUAUUAGAACAAUUCAAGGAGCACAAAUAAGAAAUAAUCCAACCUACCCGAUUACACAUGAUCCUCGCCAGGCUCAAGAAGGAAUAGGUGGCUGUGGUUAUGCACUGGUGAUUUUGUCAUGGAUUAUAUGUAUUUUUACCUUUCCAUUUUCAUUGUGUGUUACUGUUAAAGUCGUACAAGAAUAUGAACGAGCUGUUAUCAUGCGACUUGGUAGAAUUUUACAGGGAGGUGCGAAAGGUCCAGUGACAUUCGAUGUUCCACCGCAAGAGAUAUUGACACGUGAUUCUGUGACCGUAUCUGUUGAUGCUGUUGUCUAUUUUCGAAUAUUUAAUCCAAUAAUUUCUGUUACAAAUGUAGAAAAUGCGCGUUAUUCAACACAAUUAUUGGCAGCCACAACACUCAGAAAUAUUCUUGGCACUAAAACAUUGCAGGAAAUAUUAUCUGAUCGUGAAAAUAUAUCACAUGCAAUGCAGAGUCACCUUGAUGAAGGUACUGACCCAUGGGGUGUGAAAGUUGAGCGGGUUGAAAUUAAAGAUGUUCGCCUACCUGUUUCAAUGCAACGUUCAAUGGCCGCUGAGGCUGAAGCUGCUCGGGAAGCUCGUGCAAAAAUAAUUGCCGCGGAAGGUGAACAAAAAGCAUCAAGAGCAUUGAAGGAAGCUGCUGAUGUAAUCUCAGAAUCACCAAUAGCUCUUCAGUUACGUUAUUUACAAACAUUAACGCAUAUAAGCGCCGAGAAAAAUUCAACAAUUGUUUUUCCUAUCCCAGUGGAAUUAUUACGAUUAAUGAAAACUCGGGCAGAAAAAAGUUAA